CAGCUGCAUUUUGAAUAGCUUCAACUCUAGCCGAGGGCGCGCUACAAACAGCCACCAUCCCCGGUGAGGGGGAGGUCGGAAAACAGCCACCAUCCAAGGAGGUCAGCAACGAAUCUGUUGGAUUGCGGGUCUGGUUCUUGUUGGGACGAUUGUUGAUUCUUGUUGGUUCUGAUUAGCGGACGAUGCACGAUUUGCACCCAGCGGUUGGCGAUGACUAAGACAGCUGACAGCACCUGGCGCCACCUGUCCCGCGCUAGCGCACAAGCACAUCCGAUGGCGGAAUAGACGCGGCGCGUGGGAAAGUCCGACAGCGCAGCCGGAAACCGCGCCGAGUAAUAAAACAUCAGUCGGAGGAAAAAUUCCAAGCUUCGGUCGACAGACCCUUAAACCCCUCACCCCCCAAAACGUGGACCCCGACGAUACAUCCAAGUCCAGAUACUGCAGAGCCGUCAUGCCCUCCAGAUCAGAUAUCACCUUUUUCGGUGCAGGUCCGGCUCUGCUACCUACCGAUGUCCUCGAGGAAGCUGCCAAGGCUCUCCUUAACUAUCAAGACACCGGCCUGGGCCUCGCCGAGCACUCUCACCGCUCGCAGCUCGCAGCCGAUAUAAUCAGUCGGGCUAAAGCUGAUCUGGCCUCCUGUCUUGAUAUCCCGGACGACUACGAGAUCCUCUUUACGCAAGGCGGCGGCACAGGACAAUUCUCUGCCACAGCGUAUAACUUUGUUGGCGCCUGGGUUUCCCGCAAGCAGCAAGAGAUCUUUGGGGAUAUCGAAGGCGAUCCCACCGACCCUAAAGCGAUCCAGCAACUCAAGGAUGCCGUGGACAAGGAUCUCAAGAUCGAUUACCUGAUUACCGGCCGCUGGUCACAGAGAGCAUCAGCUGAGGGCGAGCGGCUUUUUGGCCCAGAGCAUGUCAAUAUUGCGGCAGAUAGCCGUGAGACAAACGGCGGUAAGUUUGGAACUAUUCCGGACGAGAGCACCUGGAAGCUGUCUAAGGAUGCUGCCUUGGUGUAUUUCUGCUCCAAUGAGACGGUUGAUGGGGUUGAGUUUCCUGAAUUUCCUAAGUCUCUUCAGCCGGGACCUGAUGGAAAGGGCCCAAUUGUUGUUGCCGACAUGAGCUCGAAUAUCCUUACGAAAAAGAUUCCGGUAAAGAACUUCUCAGCUAUCUUCUUUGGCGCCCAAAAGAACCUCGGUCCAACCGGUGUUACCGUUGUGGUUAUUAAGCGAAGCUUUUUACCACCUAUCACAUCUCAACCGUCUGCAAGUCUAAUGAGACAACUGGGUCUGCCAAUUCCACCGAUCAUCUUUCAAUACGAGACUAUUGCAAAACAUAAUAGCCUUUACAAUACAUUAAGCAUCUUCGAUGUGUACGUUAUAGGCCAGGUUCUCCGAAAGUUACUGCAGACAUACCCAAACAAGGUUGAAGGACAGCAAGCUAUAUCUGACAAGAAGGCUCAACUUAUUUAUGAUGCCAUUGAGGACUUUCCCGAGAUCUACCAGGUCAUUCCCAACAAGGCAGUGCGGUCGCGUGUCAAUAUCUGCUUCAGGGUUACCAAGGGUGACGAUAUCGAGGCCGCAGAGAGAGCCUUUCUGGAGGAGGGUAUCGCCCUAGGGCUGACUGGGUUAAAGGGACAUCGUUCGCAAGGUGGAGUGCGCGCAAGCAACUACAACUCGGUACCUUUUGAGGGUGCAGAGAAGCUUGCCAAAUUUAUUCGCGCUUUCGCAACGUCAUAA